CACAGCUCCAGUGGUGAGCUAACAGGAGGGUGUCUCAGAAGUGCGCCUGUGUGUCCCGUCUGUGUCCCACCGACUCCUGUGUGCGCCCCGGCUAGCUAUCGGCCCCCCAUCUCAUCUCAUCCGUGUGCUUCUUUGCCAGGACCACUGACUGAAGGGGAAAUACCAGAAGGAUAAUGACCCAGCGGUUACAGUGUUGUUGGAGUGCAGAUUUCUAACCCAAGACUGUGGAAUACGUUGAUUCAAACUCAGGGUACCUUAUCUGGUGCUACAUUUAAAACAAAAAUGAGAAAGCGGCAGCUGCUGCCACCGUGCGCCCUUCUCUGGGUGCUGCUGGUGUGCUCUGGCCUGCUUCCCCAGACUUCUGCGCAGGCCGAAGAGUCAGCUGACCUAGUACUCUUAAUUGAUGGAUCAGAGAACGUUGGAGCUGCCAACUUCCCUCGUGUCCGCGAUAUCGCCCUGAAAGUGAUCGAAAAGCUAAACGUGGACAGGGAAGCCAUCCGAGUGGCCGUGGCCCUGUAUGGCGCCGACCCCGAGAUUAAGUUCUAUCUCAAUAGCCACGAAAGCAAAGGGUCGGUCCAGACUGCCAUACAGGGGCUGACAUUCCCAGGUGGCGAUGAGGCAAAUUUGGGCACUGCCUUGGAGGAAGUAGUUGAAAGCCUUCUGAGCCCAGACUCAGGGGGAAGGGCAGAUGAGGGCGUGCCCCAGAUCCUUGUUGUAAUCAGUGCAGGGCAGUCCAGCGAUGAUAUCAGUUUAGGGGAGCAGGCCUUAAGGGAGUCCAAUGUCUAUACGUUUGGCGUGGCCAUUGGUGAGACGGCCAGGAGCACUAUGGAAGCAGUGGCAUCCGAUUCAAGCUUUGUGGUAAAUGCUCCUGAUUUGACAGCUGUGGAUAGCAUGGCUGACCAACUGCUACCAUAUAUUAACGGUGUGGCUCAGCGGCAUAUUGUGUUACACACUCAAAUUACUCAAGCCAUCCAAGUUGGGAACAGGGACAUCAUUUUUCUAAUUGACAGCACAAUGGGUGCGACAUCUCUGAAUGCUGUGCGUGAGUUUAUCAGAAAGUUUGUUGACUCCAUGCCAAUAGGACCUGACCAAGUGCAAGUUGGUGUGGCACAGUUUACCACAACCCCCAGUUUAUUGUUUGACCUGAACACAUACAACUCAAAAGAGUCAAUGGGGGAUGCGCUGGCCAGAAUUCGCCCCAAGGUUGCACCUUCUGUAAAAAUCGGUGCUGCGUUAGACUUUGUGAGGACCAACAUGCUGAGAUCAGAAAAGGGCAGUCGGAUCCAAGAAGGCAUUCCCCAGCUCAUGUUGUUGCUGACCAGCAAGAAGUCAAGUGACAGUGUUGAACAAGCAGCCACGGCCCUCCAGCACAUGGGUGUUCUCACCAUGGCCACCGGAUCAAAAGCCGCUGACCAGGCAGAACUUCAGAGGAUAGCUUUUGAUCCGACUCUGGUGUUCAUGUUAAAGGAUUUCCGUAUGUUGCAACGCCAACCAAAACAGAUAGUGUCUCCUCUCUCUACAUUAUCAGGAGUUGUUAUUACAGAGUCACCAACAGAGCCAGUGGUGGAAAUAACAACAGUGCAGACCCAGAAGGUGGUUAGAGAUAUUAUCUUCCUGGUGGAUGGGUCAGACUACGUUGGUAAUGCAAACCUACCCUUUAUCAAGACCUUCAUCAAUGGCAUCGUUAACCGCCUAGAUGUGAGGCCAGAGCGGGCGCGAAUUGGGCUGAUGCAGUAUUCUGACAAGCCGAAGACAGAAUUCUAUCUGAACAGCCACAAUAACAAGCAAGACGUUCUUGCUGCCAUUUCACAGCUGCGUCUGAUGGGAGGUCGUACUUUGAACACUGGUGCUGCCCUUGCUAAUGCCCUGGACAAUAAUUUCAAGCCACUUAGGAGACCGGGAGUCCAACAGGUGCUUGUUCUUAUCACCGGAGGUCCUUCCGAAGAUGAAAAAACGGCAAAAAGAAUGGCAGACAAACUGGCAGUGGAAGGAAUUCUAACCUUUGCAGUGGGUGCAGACCAAGCUGAUGGAACCUUCCUUACCAAUGUUGCCUUUGUCCCACAACUGGCCUACUAUGAGAACCGUUUUGAUUCCCUACCAGACGUCGUUGAGCGGAUAUUUACACCACUGAUAACAGUGGUUGGAGACACAGAGGCUGUGGCACCACCCGCACCACCCCCUGGAGGAGAGAGAGAUGUGGCAUUCUUGAUUGAUGGCACUGACGCUGUCAGAGCAGACUUUCCCUACAUCCGUGACUUCAUCAGGAAGGUCAUAGAGCCUCUUGACAUUGGAACCGACAAAGUCCGAAUUUCUGUGGUGCAGCACAGCGAAAGGCCAACACCAAGCUUUUACCUGAACACCUAUAACACCAAAGAUCAAGUAAUGACAGCUGUCAGUAACAUGAACCUGGCUGGAGGGCGAAGCCUGAACACUGGUGCUGCACUGAAGUUCAUGAAGGACACCAUCCUUUCAGCUUCGCAUGGCAGCCGAGCAGCCCAGAAUGUCCCACAGUUUUUGAUUGUGCUCACUGGUGGAAGAUCACGAGACAAUGUCAGGGACCCAGCUGGAGACCUGAAGACUACAGGAGUGGUGCCGUUUGGUGUUGGUGUGAAGGAUGCGGACCCCAAACAGAUUGAAGACAUCUCUCACAAUCCAUCCUUCGCUUUCAAAGUGAAGGAGUUUAGUGAGCUCGACGCGGUCCAGGCGAAGCUCAACCAGAUUGUGAAUCUUCCCAAAGAAGACCUGGUCGUUGUUCUGGAGCAGGUUCGUACCUCUGAUGUAAAGAGAGAUGUUGUGUUCCUGCUGGAUGGUUCUGAUGGAACAAGGGAUGGAUUCAGAGAUCUAGUUGACUUCAUUCAAAGAGUGGUGGAGACUCUCAAUGUCAAUGAAAAUAAUGACAGAGUUUCAGUGGUCCAGUACAGUGGAGACCAAGAGACCAAUUUCUAUCUGAAUACUUAUUCUAACAAAGAUGAUGUUCUCAAUGCCAUAAGAAGUCUCAAACACAAAGGUGGCAAGAAAAGUAAUAUUGGGGCUGCUCUCACGUUUGUGAGGCACAGUAUAUUUACGGCAUCUUCUGGAAGUAGACGACUAAAAAGAGUCCCUCAGAUUCUUGUUCUAAUAAGUAGCACAUCAUCUGAUGAUGGUAUUGAGGGACCAGCAGAAGCAUUGAAAGACCUUGACAUUCAGUCAAUAAGUGUUGGUGUGGGCAAUGCAAAUGAACAUGAGCUGGAAAUGACUGCUCUCAUGCCAAAUCUUGUGCACAAGAUCUCUGAAUUUUCUUUCCUACCCUUAAUUGAGCCAGAGCUUGUUGCUCAACUAAGCAUUUCAAAAGACACUAUGGAAGCCACUGGAGAGUUGCCUGAGUCUAUAGUUAUUUCCAACGAUUUCAAAAGGGACAUAAUUUUUCUCCUUGAUGGUUCUGAUGACUCCCGAAGUGGAUUACCGGCCAUGCGAGAGUUCAUUCGAAGAAUGACUGAAAAGCUUGACAUUGAUGAGGAUAAUACUCGGAUAGCUGUGGUGCAGUACAGUGACGACGCUUUACCGCAUUUCCUGCUUAAUACAUACGCAACAAAAAAGGAAGUUAUCUAUGCUGUGAGAAGCCUUCGACCUAAAGGAGGAAAAGAAAUUAAUACUGGUGCUGCAUUACAGUACGUUCGGGACCAUGUCCUUACGCUGUCUUCUGGAAGUAGACGUCACAUUGGUGUUCCUCAAGUGCUAAUCGUUUUGACGGGUGGAGUAUCAAGUGAUGACAUUGUGGGCCCUGCUGCUGAUCUUAGAAGACUGAAAGUUCUCACCUUUGCAAUUGGAAUGAAGAACGCCUUGGAGUCUGAGCUACAAAAAAUUGCCUAUUCUUCUCGGUUUCUUUUCGAUUUGCCUUCCUUUGGUGAACUCUUAUCCAUCCAAACGGAUAUCCUCUCCUUUGUCCAGUCAAAAAUGGAGAUUGAGCCCCCUACCAUAGUUGGUAAGAAAUGCAUCUAUUUUCAUACCAGCCUAUCCCUUUCCCCCCAAAUCCCCUUGGUCUCAAAUGAAACUGUAUCUUCAUUUGAUGGCAAAAGAUCAGUUUCAUCAAAGUGCCCGCUAUGCUGUAAAGCUGUACACCGCAUGGAUUCGUAAACUUCUCUUGUCAGAUUCAUAAUGAUUCAAUCAUAUG